AUGACCAGAUCCCUGUGUCUAGCUGUGGAUCAGCAGGACACAGCAAUCGUCAAUAUCCUACUUGCGAGCGGCGUUAGCUGUGACUUCGAGGAAUCAGAUCGGCCUAUUCCCCCCGAUCCGUAUUUUCACCAAUGUACUUUCGGAAUCCCGCCACCACUCCAAGAGGGAGACUUCAUAGCCCCUCUUGUUCGAGCAGCCAGGGCUGGUAAUGCAGAUAUGGUCAGGCUUCUUCUUGCAAACGGUGCGGAUCCCAAUAUUGGUUACCACGUAUACCAUAACCAGGAAUACGAUGGCCUUAACUUGGUAAUACCAAUUCACUUUCACUGCGGAUGGGUCGUGCAGGUGGCAAUGGAGUUACGGCAUUUGGAGAUUGUUCAAUUGCUUCUCGACAGCGGCGCAGAUGUUGAUCUCCCACAGCCAGUCUGGCCGGUAAGGUCCCACACAUGUCCGCUGGUGCCGAGGAGCGUGUAUCUCAUGGUGACAGCUGGACUAGAGGCAGCAGUUGCGGCGGGAAAAGGCAGCGGAGUGGCUAUUUAG